GUGACUGCGGCCAGGCGGUAGGGGACAAGGGAGUUGAAGAUCACAGAGUGAGAGAAAGGAAAAGAACGAAAGAAAAAGAAAGAAUUUUAGCUCAGCUCAAACCCAGUCAGUUGGUCAGCCUACACAAUCAGUACCGAAUCGUCGAGACAGCGCUGUUUACAAUUACAAAACAGGUUAAUUAAAUUUUCGUCAGCCAAUUACCCCAAUCAAGCAUUGAAUUGUUGCGCAAAUCCACAGAACCAUGACCCAAAUAGAGACAACGGUGGAAUACAGCAAUGGCUAUGAAGAGGACGAGUAUAUGAUACAGGAAGAUGAAUGGGAUAGGGACCUGUUAUUGGACCCGGCUUGGGAGAAACAGCAGAGGAAGACUUUCACAGCCUGGUGUAAUUCCCACCUGAGGAAAGCGGGAACGCAGAUCGAGAACAUCGAGGAGGACUUCAGGAAUGGCCUAAAGCUCAUGCUUCUACUCGAAGUCAUUUCAGGUGAAAGACUACCCAAGCCCGACAGAGGAAAGAUGCGAUUUCACAAAAUAGCCAACGUGAACAAAGCUUUGGAUUUUAUAACAAGCAAAGGGGUCAAACUUGUUUCGAUUGGAGCUGAAGAAAUCGUGGACGGGAACAUUAAAAUGACUCUCGGGAUGAUUUGGACCAUUAUCCUCCGCUUCGCCAUUCAGGAUAUUUCAGUUGAAGAAACAUCUGCAAAGGAAGGCCUUCUCUUGUGGUGCCAAAGAAAGACUGCCCCCUACAGGAAUGUUAAUGUCCAGAACUUCCACGUCAGCUGGAAGGAUGGCCUGGCGUUCUGUGCGCUGAUACACAGGCAUCGGCCUGACCUGAUUGACUAUGCCAAGCUGAACAAGGAUGAUGCUCUUGGUAACCUGAACCUUGCCUUAGAUAUUGCAGAGAAGCACCUGGACAUCCCCAAAAUGUUGGAUGCUGAAGACAUCAUCAACACCCCCAAGCCUGAUGAAAGGGCCAUCAUGACCUAUGUGUCCUGCUUCUACCACGCUUUUGCUGGAGCAGAGCAGGCAGAGACGGCAGCCAACAGGAUCUGCAAGGUCCUGGGAGUGAACCAGGAGAACGAGAAGAUGAUGGAGGAGUAUGAGAAACUGGCCAGUGAGUUACUGGAGUGGAUCCGGCGCACUACCCCGUGGUUGGAGACCCGUGUCCCGGAGAAGACCAUGUCGGAGAUGCAGCAGAAGCUGGAGGACUUUCGGGACUACCGCCGCCUGCACAAGCCGCCCAAGGUGCAGGAGAAGUGCCAGCUGGAGAUCAACUUCAACACCCUGCAGACCAAGCUGCGCAUCAGCAACAGGCCGAACUUCAUGCCCUCUGAGGGCAAGAUGGUGUCGGACAUUGCGAGUGCCUGGAAGGGUCUGGAGCAGGCUGAGAAGGGCUACGAGGACUGGCUGCUGACCGAAAUCCGGAGACUGCAGCGCCUGGACCACCUGGCCGAGAAGUUCCGCCAGAAAGCCUCCGCCCACGAGGCCUGGACUGAAGGCAAGGACGAGCUCCUGUCCCUGAAGGACUACGAUUCGGCGUCGAUCACUGAGGUUCGAGCACUGCUGAGGAAGCACGAGGCCUUCGAGAGCGACCUGGCCGCUCACCAGGACAGAGUGGAGCAGAUCGCCGCCAUCGCCCAGGAGCUCAACGAGCUGGACUACCAUGACGCCGUGACGGUGAAUGAGAGGUGCCAGAAGAUCUGCGACCUGUGGGACCAGCUGGGAACGCUUACACAAAAGAGGAGGGAGGCGCUGGAGAGGACUGAGAAGCUCCUGGAGACCAUUGACCAGCUGUUCCUGGAGUUCGCCAAGAGGGCGGCACCCUUUAAUAACUGGAUGGAGGGUGCCAUGGAAGACCUGCAGGACAUGUUCAUUGUGCACACAGUGGAAGAGGUCCAGAGCCUGAUCGCAGCUCAUGAGCAGUUCAAAGCCACCCUGCCUGAAGCAGACAGCGAGAGACAGGCCAUCCUGGGCAUCCAGGCCGAGGUGCAGAAAAUCGCCCAGAGCUACGGUAUCAGCCCCGACCUGAAUAACCCCUACAGCACCAUCAGCACCCAGGAGCUCAGCGCCAAGUGGGACCAGGUGAAGCAGCUGGUUCCUCAGAGAGAUGGGUCUCUGCAGGAGGAGCUCGCCCGGCAGCAGUCUCACGAGCGGCUCAGGCGCCAGUUCGCCGCCCAGGCCAACCUGAUCGGGCCCUGGAUCCAGACCCGCAUGGAGGAAAUUGGCCAUUGCACCAUGGAGAUGAGCGAGACCCUGGAGGACCAGAUGACCCAGCUGAAACAGCUGGAGCACGUCAUCGUCAACUACAAGCCCAACAUCGACACCCUGGAAGGAGAUCACCAGCUCAUACAGGAGUCGCUCAUCUUCGACAACAAGCACACCAACUACACCAUGGAGCACAUCCGCGUGGGCUGGGAGCUGCUCCUCACCACCAUCGCCAGAACCAUCAACGAGAUUGAGACCCAGAUUCUGACCCGCGAUGCCAAGGGCAUCAGCCAGGAGCAAAUGAGCGAGUUCCGAUCCUCCUUCAACCACUUCGACCGGAAGAAGAACGGAGCGAUGGAGGCAGAUGACUUCAGGGCCUGCCUGAUCUCCAUGGGCUAUGAUUUGGGGGAGGCGGAGUUUGCUCGCAUCAUGCUGCUGGUGGAUUCCAGUGGCACUGGCGUGGUGUCCUUCCAGUCCUUCAUCGACUUCAUGACCCGGGAGACGGCCGACACGGACACAGCGGAGCAGGUCGUGGCCUCCUUCAGGAUCCUGGCGGCUGAUAAGCCUUAUAUCCUGGUAGAGGAGCUGCAGAGGGAGCUUCCCGCAGAGCAGGCUGAGUACUGCAUCUCCAGAAUGCCCCCGUAUGCUGGGCCAGAAGCGGUGGAGGGUGCCCUCGACUACACCUCCUUCUCCACCGCCCUAUACGGCGAGAGUGACCUCUGAGUCCGGCGUGACCUCUGACACUAGCACAGCUUCUGACGUCGGCCAGCGCCUGCUCCCAAGAGUUCUCCCUCCUUUUCAGAUCGGGACCUUUAUUCUAUCACAGGUCUCAUAGUUUAAUAGCUGAUCUAGGAUCAGUUUUGCAGUUUUUCCUUUUGGGUCAUCUACUGUAUACGGGUUAGAAUGUGGGCAUAGAAACCUGAUCCUAGAUCGGCAAUCUAACAAUGAGAUGCUUUUUGAAUAUUGGCCCAGAGCUGCUUAAUUUUGAGACAUCGAAAACAUAGCAUAUGCUAGAAGGCUUUAAUGUGCAAACAACCAGCGUGCCAGUCUAAUGCAUUAUGUAGAGAUAUAUACUUUGUGUGUGGCGCACUAACCAUUGCUGUUCAAUGUCACCUCAGUACUAUAUAUAAUAUAUGUUUUAUUCUGUUUUUGUUCUGUAUGGAACAGGAUUGAUCAUAAAACUUUUCUCAGUCUAAAAGAACUGUAGAAUCGGACACUCAAUUCAGCGAUAAUGAAUAUUCAGAUCAUCAGGGAUUAUUUGAAUUUGCAGUAAAUCUGAGAGUUUCAGCAUAAUAAACAAUUGGAAGAAGCCCUAAUUAGUAAAUCAGUGACAAGUAAAGUAACUUUCUUCGAGGUUACAGUGACACAGAUGUGUAUUUUACAAUUUCACAGAAUGUUCUGGGGAAAAAAUGUAUUAUCUAAUUACCUCAAAUCGGAACAUGUAGGCUUCAUAACUGACUUUGAUGACAGGUUUUACCAAACGCUUGUGUAGUACAACUUGAGGCUUUAUUGUUGCUUUAAUGGCAGUCUGAUUGUGGUUUGGGAAACUGACGUUUGAAAUAAAAACCUGAAGGCAAAGACGAGUCCCACGGGCAUGUGUGUGUGUGAUAGCCUUUAUGAAUGAUUUAGCUACAUUGUAAAAUAUACCCCAAUUUCUUUGUACUUCCCAGUGUUCCAGACAUCAAAUAAACUCUGUUAUCAUAAACAGA